GAUUUUCAGAGCUAAUCACAACUGUGAGCACUGUCCCACACCUGGAAUGCGCCUCUGAAGAGAUGAAACCUCAAGACCCGGAGGCGCCAUGAUGCAAGGCACGGGAUUUCCCUGAAUUGACGAUAGCUAAGAAGGUGUACGUGGAGAGCAUGGUAAGGCGACCCGUUGGAGAAAGUUUCAGUGCUAACCGGAAUAUCGUGCAACACGUUCAACUACGUGCUAAUGUCGACACCGUCAAGGUCGAGGAGCUGGACCUCCGAUCACGCUCAGACGAGUGCUAUACUAGCAACACCAGCGAGGCCCUCAUCACCACGGGUGAGGGGCUGUACAAGCAAUGAGACGGGAGGAUGAGGCCAUUGUGAUAGUAAAACGAUUCAUCAGUGCUCAGUGAAUUGUAAGG